AUGCGACCGCACCCGCCACAUGCGCCGCACCCAUCGCGCCCGCCGGCACCCAGAAAGAAGGCCACGUACUGUGAUGUGGUGACAGCCGAACUGGAGCUCAAGGAGCUGGAACGGCAAUAUGAAGAGAUGAUGCAGCUCCAGAGAGAGCUGCCACUGAUGCGCAGUCGUUUGGAGGCGAUGAGAAGGGGCACCACACGGAGGGAACAGGCCCUUGUGAGGAUGAUCGAGGAACGGGAGGAUGAGGUUCUCCGUGUGCGCGAUGAAAUUGAUUACAUCCAGUCACUGCAGGUGGAUCCUUCCGUGCGAGUGUGGCCCGCGCUUUUGACCUCGGAGCCGCUGGGGGACUCCUUAACCUUGGCCAUGAAGGACAUCAAGGAAGUGCAGGCUACUAAAAAGGAGGCGGACGUCCUGAGCCUUGCUCGCCCGGCGGCGUGGCCGUCUCCCUUGGCCAUGGCCGAUCUCUGGCUUGCGUGCGCUGAAUUGGAUGCCAUCAGCGGCUUUCUGGGUUCCUCCCCCAACGAAAAGGUCACUUGGGAAGGCCUUGGACUGGACGUGAACGCCAAAAGCCCUGGGCUGCUCCAGAAAGCCUUGGACACCGCCGAACAGUUGGCCGACCGCUUCUCACACGAACGGCUCCGCGAAGUGAAGAGGGAUCAUCAGAAGCUCUGGGGCGAUUUGGAUGUGGACACCAGGGCCUACGAAAUACGCCUCCGGGCUGUCAUCGACUCCCAGGGCCCGAUGCAUCGCGCCCUGUGUAUCCAGGAAUUGAAACACCUCGAGAUGGUUGUGCUGUUGUACCGGCGCUUGGUGACUCUGUCAGAAGAGGAAGCCAAUUGGUACCUGGAGGUAAAGGCGCAAUUGAUGAGUCAAGGAAAAGAAAACAGGGCCCGACAGUUGAGAAGUGAAACCAUCCGAUUGAAGACCUUCCUAGAGGAAGCAUGUGAUUUAAAACGCGGAGAGCGGAAGGAAGAGAAGUCGGGCCAGGACUCGCAGGAGGACGGCAAAUGGCACAGCCUCCACAGUCGGGAGCUCUUUCAGGUCGUUACAGCGCGCCGAGAGGUGGAGCAACACCGGCAGAAGGUCUCGGCCGCCGAGAUCUCGUUGCACCGUGCAACACAUCCCAAGUUGGCAGUGGUGGAGAACGAGACCAGGGUGAAAGAAGCCCACCAGUUGCUGGAAAGUUUCGCCACCUGGGCCUCCAAAACGGAAGCUGCCUUGACCCUCUUCGGCCUCACAGAGCCUGCCUGGUGUGCCAUUGCGGCGUUGCCUCCCAGCCCCAUGGUCGAGGAAGCAACCAGGUUACGCCAAGUCUUGACCAGGAUCUUGAACAUUGCCACCAAGAAAAAGGCACCCAGCGGUUCCCCGAAAGCAAAACCGAAGGUCGUGUCACGGCGACGGGCAAAAAGCGUCGAGGCUGUUGGCACGGCUAAAGUCAAAGAGGCCAAAAAAUUUGCGACCACCUGA